UAAAGCGUGAUGCUGUUGGAGAAAGCACAAGCAUCAAGCAUGCGUAGGUGGGAUUCCUUCGCUUAAUUCCCAACAACACUGGCAACCUUGGAAAACAUUCGAGAUGAACAUCUUAUUCUGCCUACGGUUGGGCGCGAUUAAGUGGUUUAUUUCUGUCAAAGCACAAAGCGAUUUCACGUUGUUUUUCUCCAGCAACUGAACAACGCGUGUAUGUCUGCAAUACCUUGGCUUCUCCGUCUUUUUCAUCUCAGUCGUGGCUUUGAGAGGAUAUUGGAGUGAUGCGUCCCUCAGAUGGGAUUGGUCGCUAAAACUGUACAGACGCAGACUGCACGACGCUGUAAGAAAUACGCAUCUGACUCACUGUAAUGUUUUCUCGACAUGUGGAUUCAUAUGGCCUCGUUUUGUGUUAUGGACCAGCCCUAACCACUCACCUUUUUGAAAACAAUUUGGAUUUCCUUCACAUCGGGUUCAUUCUCCCAAGGAUUGAAUUUGGAUUACGGCGCAGUGAACGUCGCAACCGAAGGGGAAGGUAAAGGCUGUUAAAAGCGGCAGUCCUGUCUCUCAGAUCAACCCGAUUGGAUUUUUAAAAGUAACGUUGGAAGAUGAAUUUGAGGGAUUCAUUCCUUCAACCAGUCUACAUGCUAUCUCUGUAAACCAACGGAGGUUUUAGUGUUUCACUCUGACUUGGGCCAAUAUCUGGUGGAUUGUGAGUACUGUAACCAAAGACUAUAAUUUGGGACAGGGAGAAUUUGGGCGCCUUUGUGGAGAGCCGACUGCCCCUCAACUUGGCAAUCAGAUUAAUGCUACUGGGUAAAGACACUGUUUGGCUCAACACUGGGAAGCCGAGAGAGACAACAAUCGGGCAGAACUGGUGUGUGUCCCCUCCAUAUCAGCGGGUGGCAGUGUGAGCGGGGAUGUACAUGUGAGAUGAGCGACAACAGCCUGAGUUUGCACUCUGAACCCGGAAGCUGAUACAUUAUGGAGCGGCUGGUUUUGUGUGUGUUGGUGUUUGGAGUGCUGGCGAAGGCGCAGAACUGCCCAGGUCGCUGCAUAUGCCAGACCAUCUCGCCGACCCUCACCCUUCUGUGUGCCAAGACGGGGCUGCUGUUUGUGCCGCCAGGCAUCGACCGUAAGACGGUGGAGCUGCGCCUGACCGACAACUUCAUCACGGUCAUCCGGCGGAGGGACUUCGCCAACAUGACCAGCCUGGUCCACCUGACGCUGUCGCGCAACACCAUCAGCCAAAUCGCACCGCACGCCUUUUUGGGCCUCCGUGCCCUCCGCGCCCUGCACAUGGACGGCAACCGGCUGACCGUCAUCAAGAGCGAGCACCUGAGGGGCCUGGUCAACCUCCGCCACCUCAUCUUGGGCAACAACCAGAUCCACACUGUGGCGGCAACGUCCUUCGACGAGUUUGUGUCCACCAUCGAGGACCUGGACCUGUCGUACAACAACCUGCACACACUCCCGUGGAGUGCCAUCGGGCGCAUGACCAACAUCAACACGCUCUCGCUCGACCACAACCUCAUUGACUACAUCGAGGCGGGCACCUUCACCAUGCUGACCAAGCUGGUGCGACUGGACAUGACGUCCAACCGGCUGCAUAAGCUUCCGCCGGACAACCUCUUCCAGAACGCGCAGGUCAUGUCUGACCCCAAGAACUCCAACCCCACGCGCCUGGCGGUCAGUUUCGGCGGCAACCCGCUGCACUGCAACUGCGAGCUGCUCUGGCUGCGGCGGCUGACCCGCGAGGAUGACCUGGAGACGUGCGCCUCGCCCGAGCACCUGAUGGACAAGUACUUCUGGUCCAUCCAGGAGGAGGAGUUCACCUGCGAUCCGCCGCUCAUCACGCGGCACACCGUGUCCAACCCGUACGUGAUGGAGGGCCAGAGCGUGGCGCUCAAGUGCAAGGCCAUGGGCGACCCCGACCCCGCCAUCCACUGGCGCUUCCCCGACGGCAAGCUGGUGCACAACAACUCGCGCACGAUCGUGCACGACAACGGCACGCUGGAGAUCCUCAUCACCACGCUCAAGGACAACGGUGCCUUCACCUGCGUGGCAUCCAACGCAGCCGGCAUGGCCACAGCCGCCGUGGAGAUCAGCAUGAUCCCGCUACCGCUCUUCGUCAACAACACGGGACACUUGAGGGAGGGCUCGCGCCUUCGCGACAUCACCACCUCCUCCAAGUCCAACGACACCAAGAGCCAGGACCGCAGGGUGGUGGUGGCCGACGUUACCGCCUCGUCUGCGGUCAUCCGCUGGCCUUCUGAGAGACACAUCCCCAACAUACGGAUGUAUCAGAUCCAGUAUAACAGCACAGCAGAUGACACACUGGUCUACAGGAUGAUCCCGUCCACUAGCAAGACGUUCUUGAUCAAUGAUCUAGCGGCGGGUCGGGAGUAUGACCUGUGCGUGCUGGCAGUCUACGACGACGGCAUCACGCUGCUGACGGCCACGCGCGUGGUGGGCUGUGUCCAGUUCCACACGGCGGCCGAGGCCAGCCAGUGCCGCUUCAUCCACAGCCAGUUCCUGGGUGGCACCAUGAUCAUCAUCAUCGGCGGCAUCAUCGUGGCGUCCGUCCUCGUCUUCAUCAUCAUCCUCAUGAUCCGCUACAAGGCUCACGGCGGGCCAGACGGCGCCAAGGCCAAGGCGUGCGACAGCGGCGGCAGCAGCAGCAGCAACGUCCACUCGCAGACCAACGGGAGCAACCAGCAGCAGGGCGGGUGCAUGGGCCGCUCGGCCUCCAAGCAGCAGCACGCGGCGCCGACGGAGGAGAGCCGGUGCCUGGACGGUCAUCACCGCCAGUCGUCGUCUGGGUCGGCGGCGAAGGACUGCAAGGCGCUGGUGCUGAGGCUGAAGAGCGAGUGCCAGCUGGAGCCGACGCCUGGCGGUAGCGAGUCGGCCGUGCUGGAGGUGGAGCUGCCUCCGCUCUCGGCCAUGGAGAAGACGGCCAAGGCGGCAGUGGCCGCGCUGGCCCGCCGCGCCAGCCUUGACGCCCAGGCGUCCUACGGUGCCAGCGCUGGCUUUUCGGAGGACACGGGCACGGAUAGCAGCCUGACGGGCUCCACCAUGUCGCUGUGCCUGAUUGGGCCCAGCAGCGGCUGUGGUGGUGCUGGUGGUGGUGGCGGUGGGUCCAAGGACAGCCGGAAGGGCGCGCUGGCCAAUAUCGGGCUACUGCCCGGCGAGUUGGCACGGACGAGACACCGCUUCUCCUUCGACGGGGACUACGCGUUGUUCCAGAGCCACAGCUACCCACGGCGCGCCCGGACGCGCAGGCACAAGUCGUCCAACCAGCUCAAUGUGGACUCGUCACCGCUGGCCAACCGCAAAGUCACGUUCAGCAGCACCGAGUGGAUGCUCGAAAGCACGGUCUGAGGAGGGGACAGUUUGGAGCAGUGCUGCUUUUACAAGUUCAGUCAGAAAAAGACACAACAUUUAUCCAAUUGCAGAGACGGAUGGACACACACACACACACACACACACACACACACACACACACACACAAAUAUACACACAAACAAACACACAAACACAGAGACAGUUAGUCAGUUGCACACAUGAAAAACCACAGAUGCAUACCUGAAUACAAAUGCCAUUUUCUUUCAUGCGCGUGUGUCAGUACUGUCCUACACACUCUGUCUGGUGCAGCACUUGAGAUAGCACAGUUUUGGCUUCAGACCGCCUCCUCCUGCCCUGGUUUCAGAGCAUGAAAGAGAGAGAGAGAGAGAGAGAGAGAGAGAGAGGGACAGAGACAGAGAGAGAGGGAGCAAGAUAGACAGCGAAACAGAGAGGUAGAGAGAGGGAGAAGGAAGGAGGCCAGGGCCAUGAUGUUCUGCAGUGGUGCCUUAUUCUAAGAGAAGUACCAAUGGAGGAUGCUGCUAGCUGUGGUCAUACUCUGCCCCCCCCCCCCCCACCAACCCAGCCUUUUUGUUUUUUUUUAUUUGUUUAUUUGUUUGGUUGAUUGUUUGUUUUCUAUGUGAUGCCAAGGUGUGUGAAGGCUGGAUAUGACUGCUGUUUUCCCCCCUCCUUCCCACUCUCAUCGAAUGAAAGAGAGAAAAAAAGACAAACAGAACAGAACAAAGAAGCAUAAACAUAACCACUGCAUUAGCGAGCAUCCAGACAAACGUUUCCCAUAUGUCGGGUAACUUCAAGACUUUUGCACAGAAGACACGAGAUACAACGGACCAGUAUCACACCAGUCUAUGUAAUGACUUGCAAAAAAAAAUGAAUAAAUAAAAAAAAUAAAACAAAGAAUCAACGGUAAAGAAAACCAAGAUCUAUCCACAUGCCGGUUUCAAAUGUUAGCAUAGAGAGAAAUGAUUGGAGAACAAACAAAAGGACUAUUUCAGGUUGGUUGGACUGUAUGAUAUCAAUAGGUAUUGUUCCCGAUGUGACUGUAUGAUAUUAAUCGGUAUUGUAUCUGGCUGGCCUAGAUUAAAAAAAAAGAUGACAAAUACAUAUAUAAAUAUAUUAAAACUAUCGGUGUAUGUGUGCUAAAUACUUAAGUCAUAAGUUAUAUGACUUUUUACAAGGCAUUUCAAUGCUGGUGUCAGGUUUUUACAUUAAAAAUCUGUUGGCACUUUCUCCCCUGAUUUAGUAUAUCAAAGUUCGGACCACUUAUCCCUUAUGAGAGGGUAUUAAACAUUUUUUGUGUCGGUUGACUGUAUACUGUCUUCUCGUGUCUUUCUUUCAAGAACUGUUUAAUGUGUAAUUUCCUUGCCACAAAUGCAUUGCAGUAUUUAUGUGUGUUCUUAAGGCUUAUGAGGAUAAUUACUUAAUGACUUGGUGCUUGAUUUUUAAUGUUCAUUAUUAUAUGCAUAUCAAGCUUGUUCGCUAGUUUCUGAAAAAAAAUACAGUAUACCAAUUUAGGCUUUCCAUCACACUAAAGUAAAUCAGAUAUUAAAUAAUCUUGCAUACAAUAGCCUAUAGACUAAUAGACUACAGAAGCAGAAUAUCCUACUCUAAAUCAUUUUGCUCUUUUACCAUUGGGAAGUUUUCAGGUUGUUUACACUUUAAUGUCUUUGCGAAACUGUUUGAGAUUCAUCUCACUAUCCAUUAGCCAGACAAUGAUUAGUAUGAAAGAAGCAUUCCCCGAAACAUUCCCAUUCAAGUACUUCUGGAGAUGUGUUACCUAAUCUGGUAUUCAAAGUCUGCAGGAUCACUGAAAAGACAUUAGCGAUCUCGCCUGGCUACCGCUAGGCCACAUCUCAAUCAUUAGCCUGGGCCUGGGCAAAUUACUCCUCUGGUGGUCUGUGCCUACUCAGCGUUUCCAGUGCAUUAGGGCCGAUGGUGGUUAUAUAAGGUGGGCACCCUUUGCCAACCGCACAUUGGAUUAAUUCCCUUCAUAAUGGAUCAGAGGAGGUUUGUUUAGUGCUGUUGUUAAAGCGACUUUUUAGCUCAGUGUGUGUGUAUGUGUGUGUGUCUGUAGACCUAUAAAUUGUGCAUGUGCG